AUGGGACCUAUUGAAGCUGAUAUCCCAGAAACCCAGCGAAGCAUUAAAUUAAACACUCCUCAAGCUUCAUCAAUGGCUGACCAAAGCAUCCCCAGCGACGACCAACUGCCCCAAAAAUAUACCCCAAAUUUCACUUAUUUCCAAGGCUUUUGGUGCCCAUCCCAGCUUGUUCCCAACAUAACAGCCUUCCAAAACCACUUCCAAGCCCUCGACGACGACAUCGUUCUAGCCAGCAAGCCUAAAACCUGCACCGCCUGGUUGAAAGCACUGGCUUUCUCCAUCCUCAACCGCCACCGUUGCCCACUUUCCAACUCCCCCUUGGCUUCUCCAAACCCUCACGAUCUCGUCCCUUACUUCGAAAUGACACUAUAUAACAACGGUUGCCACCCUGAUUUUGCCGACGUUUCAUCACCCAGGCUGUUCGCCACACACCUUCCUUACCAUGCAUUGGCGGAAUCCAUCAAAAACUCCAAAGCCCGUAUCGCGAUAGGGUUGGCACCUUUCUGGGCCCAUGUUCUUGAUUACCGGAAACAAUCAACGGCGAACCCGAACAAGGUCUUGUUCCUCAAAUACGAAGAAAUGAAAGGAAACCCAGUGGGUCAAAUAAAAAAGGUGGCGGAGUUCAUGGGAUGUCCGUUCUCAGAGGAGGAAGAGAAAGCGGGUGCCAUUGAUGAAAUAGCCGAGUUCUGCAGCUUGAGCAACCUCAAGAACCUGGAAUUGAACAAAAGCGGCAGCCUCAAAACCAUGAAACGACAAACCAACUCUUUCUUAAGGAAAGGUGAUUGCACCACCGGAUCUUUAAAACAACGUCCCGGAAUAGCAUCCCGAGGAACACCAUUGUAA